AGGGAUUAGGGGAACUGUGACGGGGAGAAGAGGAAUCUGGUGGCCGGUGGAGCACGCCCGCAGACGAGGAGGGGAGCUUCUCCUGCUGCGGUGCGGACCAGACGGGACAGCUCGGCUGAGCGGGACAGCCAGGCUCCUCUCUGGGCUUUGCUGCCGCAGCGCCGCCCAUGUGCGCGGCGCGGCCUGCCCUGCCCCGAGGCUGAGCGUGACUCCGAGGCUGACUGGCUCGGGCUCCUCCUCCUGUGUCUGUGGCGCUAGUGGUUUCCCCUCCCCCUCAGUCCCGUGCUGGGCGGAUCACGAUGGAUGCCGCUCGCUGCCUCCUGCUCCCGGGCUCGGGUCGCCACCGCCUCGCUGCCUUCCCGCGGGACUAAGGAGGGAGGGGGCGGCUCCGGCGAGGAGCGUCCGGGGCGCUGGGGUGAAGACUGCAAAAAUCUGAGUCUGACUGGAGGGAAAGUUUCACUGUACUCAGACUAUCCUGGCUUGAACACUUUAAGGAUUUUUUGGUACUUUUUAAUUUAAGCCAAGGCGGCUUUUUAAAACCAUGGCAGAUGUGGACCCAGACACGUUGCUUGAAUGGCUACAGAUGGGACAGGGGGAUGAAAGGGAUAUGCAACUAAUAGCUUUGGAACAGUUAUGCAUGCUGCUUUUGAUGUCAGACAAUGUGGAUCGUUGUUUUGAAACUUGCCCUCCUCGUACUUUCUUACCAGCACUCUGCAAGAUUUUCCUUGAUGAAAGUGCGCCAGACAAUGUGUUAGAGGUAACAGCUCGUGCCAUAACUUAUUACCUGGAUGUAUCAGCAGAAUGCACCCGUCGGAUUGUGGGAGUAGAUGGAGCUAUCAAAGCACUUUGUAAUCGUUUAGUUGUUGUUGAACUUAACAACAGAACCAGCAGAGACUUGGCUGAGCAGUGUGUAAAGGUGUUAGAACUAAUCUGUACCCGUGAAUCAGGAGCUGUGUUUGAGGCUGGUGGGUUGAACUGUGUGCUGACAUUUAUUCGUGAUAGUGGGCACCUGGUUCAUAAAGAUACUUUACAUUCUGCUAUGGCUGUAGUAUCCAGACUUUGUGGCAAAAUGGAACCUCAGGAUUCUUCAUUAGAAAUCUGUGUGGAAUCCCUGUCUAGUUUAUUAAAACAUGAAGACCAUCAGGUUUCAGAUGGAGCGCUCAGAUGUUUUGCUUCAUUAGCUGACAGAUUUACACGUCGUGGAGUUGAUCCAGCCCCAUUAGCCAAACAUGGACUAACUGAGGAGUUGUUAUCACGCAUGGCAGCAGCUGGUGGUAUAGCAUCAGGACCAUCUUCAGCUUGCAAACCAGGUCGGAGCAGCACUGGAGCACCAUCUACAGCUGCAGACUCUAAAUUGAGUAAUCAGGUGUCAACUAUUGUGAGUCUGUUGUCAACCCUUUGUAGAGGCUCUCCAGUAGUAACGCACGAUCUCCUAAGAUCUGAACUUCCAGAUUCUAUAGAAAGUGCAUUACAGGGUGAUGAAAGAUGUGUACUGGAUACCAUGCGUUUAGUAGAUCUUCUUUUGGUGCUACUGUUUGAAGGGCGAAAGGCCCUUCCAAAGUCUAAUGCUGGAUCUACAGGCAGAAUCCCAGGAUUGCGUAGACUGGAUAGUUCUGGGGAACGUUCUCAUCGGCAGCUGAUAGACUGCAUCCGCAGUAAAGAUACUGAUGCACUAAUAGAUGCUAUUGACACAGGAGCUUUUGAAGUAAAUUUUAUGGAUGAUGUAGGACAAACUCUUUUAAACUGGGCAUCAGCUUUUGGAACUCAGGAAAUGGUGGAAUUUCUCUGUGAAAGGGGUGCUGAUGUUAACAGAGGUCAGAGGUCGUCUUCAUUACAUUAUGCAGCAUGUUUUGGAAGGCCUCAAGUGGCAAAGACUCUCCUGCGACAUGGUGCGAACCCUGAUUUGAGAGAUGAAGAUGGGAAAACUCCUUUAGACAAAGCUCGUGAAAGGGGGCACAGUGAAGUGGUGGCUAUUCUUCAGUCUCCAGGUGAUUGGAUGUGUCCAGUUAACAAAGGAGAUGAAAAGAAAAAGAAAGAUGCAAACAAAGAUGAAGAAGAAUGUAAUGAACCCAAAGGAGAUCCAGAAAUGGCACCUAUAUACUUGAAAAGACUAUUACCUGUAUUUGCACAAACAUUUCAACAAACUAUGCUACCUUCCAUAAGGAAAGCAAGUCUUGCCCUCAUUAGAAAAAUGAUUCAUUUUUGUUCUGAAGCAUUGUUAAAAGAGGUUUGUGAUUCUGAUGCUGGUCACAACCUUCCCACAGUAUUGGUUGAGAUCACUGCUACUGUUCUUGAUCAAGAGGAUGAUGAUGAUGGCCACUUGCUAGCCUUGCAAAUCAUAAGGGAUUUGGUAGAUAAAGGUGGUGACCUUUUUCUAGAUCAGCUUGCUAGACUUGGUGUAAUUAGUAAAGUGUCAACUUUGGCAGGACCAUCUUCUGAUGAUGAGAAUGAAGAGGAGUCCAAACCUGAGAAAGAGGAUGAACCCCAAGAGGAUGCUAAAGAACUGCAGCAGGGUAAACCAUAUCACUGGAGAGAGUGGUCCAUCAUUAGGGGAAGGGACUGCUUAUAUAUCUGGAGUGAUGCAGCAGCCCUUGAACUGUCUAAUGGUAGCAAUGGAUGGUUCAGAUUUAUCUUGGAUGGAAAACUGGCAACAAUGUAUUCAAGUGGGAGUCCAGAAGGAGGAUCAGAUAGUUCAGAAAGUAGAAGUGAAUUCUUAGAGAAGUUACAAAGAGCUCGAAGCCAAGUAAAGCCAUCUACCACAAGUCAGCCAAUUUUAUCAGCACCUGGGCCCACUAAACUUACUGUGGGAAACUGGUCACUCACCUGUUUGAAGGAAGGAGAAAUUGCUAUCCACAAUUCAGAUGGUCAGCAAGCUACAAUAUUAAAGGAAGAUCUCCCAGGCUUUGUUUUUGAGUCCAAUAGAGGAACUAAACAUUCAUUUACAGCUGAAACCUCUUUGGGAUCAGAGUUUGUGACUGGCUGGACUGGCAAAAGAGGUAGAAAACUGAAAUCCAAGUUAGAGAAAACAAAGCAAAAGGUACGAACUAUGGCAAGAGAUUUAUAUGAUGAUCAUUUUAAAGCUGUUGAAAGCAUGCCUCGAGGAGUAGUUGUAACAUUGAGGAACAUAGCAACCCAGUUAGAAUCUUCUUGGGAACUUCAUACAAACAGACAGUGCAUUGAGGGAGAAAAUACUUGGAGAGAUUUAAUGAAGACUGCUUUAGAAAACUUAAUUGUGCUGUUGAAGGAUGAAAACACUAUCUCACCAUAUGAAAUGUGCAGUAGUGGCUUAGUGCAGGCACUUCUUACUGUUUUAAAUAAUAAUGUGGAUUUAGAUGUGAAACAAGAUUGUAGCCAACUAGUAGAGAGAAUAAAUGUGUUCAAAACAGCAUUCAGUGAAAAUGAAGAUGAUGAAAGUCGUCCAGCAGUUGCAUUAAUUCGGAAAUUGAUAGCAGUGUUGGAAUCUAUUGAACGUCUACCUCUCUACUUGUAUGAUACACCAGGCUCUACAUAUAAUCUGCAGAUAUUAACAAGAAGAUUGAGGUUUCGUUUGGAACGUGCUUCUGGGGAGACUUCUUUGAUAGAUCGAACUGGCAGAAUGUUGAAAAUGGAGCCUUUGGCAACAGUGGAAUCCUUAGAGCAAUAUCUCCUGAAAAUGGUAGCAAAGCAGUGGUAUGACUUUGAUCGAGCUUCAUUUGUUUUUGUACGAAAACUACGUGAAGGCCAAACAUUUGUAUUCAGGCACCAACAUGACUUUGAUGAAAAUGGAAUUAUAUACUGGAUUGGGACAAAUGCAAAAACUGCAUAUGAGUGGGUAAAUCCAGCAGCCUAUGGCUUAGUAGUGGUUACAUCUUCAGAAGGAAGAAAUUUGCCUUAUGGACGUUUGGAAGACAUCUUAAGCCGAGAGAGUUCAGCUCUGAAUUGUCAUACUAAUGAUGAUAAGAAUGCUUGGUUUGCCAUAGAUCUUGGUCUUUGGGUAAUACCAUCGGCAUAUACGUUACGCCAUGCUCGUGGUUAUGGAAGAUCUGCACUCAGAAAUUGGGUUUUCCAGGUAUCCAAGGAUGGACAGAAUUGGACUACUUUGUAUACCCAUGUUGAUGACUGUAGUCUCAAUGAACCAGGAUCUACAGCAACCUGGCCUAUAGAUCCGCCAAAGGAUGAGAAGCAAGGAUGGAGACAUGUAAGAAUAAAACAGAUGGGAAAGAAUGCCAGUGGGCAAACACACUACCUCUCCCUGUCUGGUUUUGAACUUUAUGGUACUGUGAAUGGAGUGUGUGAAGAUCAAUUAGGAAAAGCAGCUAAGGAAGCAGAAGCUAAUCUGCGGAGGCAGAGGCGGCUAGUUCGCUCUCAAGUUUUGAAGUACAUGGUUCCUGGUGCUCGUGUAAUCAGGGGAAUUGACUGGAAGUGGCGAGAUCAGGAUGGCAGUCCACAGGGCGAAGGCACUGUUACAGGAGAAUUGCAUAAUGGCUGGAUUGAUGUCACCUGGGAUGCUGGUGGCUCUAACUCUUACCGUAUGGGCGCAGAAGGAAAGUUUGACCUCAAGCUUGCACCAGGGUACGACCCUGAUUCAGCGGCAUCACCCAAACCUGUUUCAUCCACUGUUUCAGGCACAACGCAGUCAUGGAGCAGCUUGGUGAAAAACAACUGUCCAGACAAGACGACUGCUGCUGCAGGCUCCUCAAGUAGAAAAGGAAGCAGCAGUUCUGUGUGUAGCGUGGCCAGUAGCAGCGACAUCAGCUUGGGUUCGAGCAAAAUGGAGCGGAGAUCAGAGAGUGUAAUGGAACAGAAUAUAGUUUCAGGCACUGACGUCCACGAGCCAAUUGUUGUUCUGUCUUCUGCUGAUAACAUGCCUCAAGCUGAAGUAGGGUCAUCAUCCAGUGCAAGCACCAGCACCUUAACAGCGGACAUGGGAAAUGAAAAUGCAGAAAGGAAGUUAGGUCCUGACAAUUCCAUACGUACUCCUGGGGAGUCUAGUGCUAUAUCCAUGGGAAUUGUUAGUGUGAGCUCUCCUGAUGUUAGUUCAGUAUCUGAACUGACCAAUAAAGAAGCAGCUUCCCAACGACCCCUUAGCUCUUCAGCAAGUAACAGACUUUCAGUGAGUUCUUUGUUGGCUGCUGGUGCUCCAAUGAGCUCCAGUGCAAGUGUUCCUAAUUUAUCUUCACGUGAAACGUCUAGCUUGGAGUCUUUUGUACGAAGAGUGGCAAACAUAGCACGUACCAAUGCCACUAACAACAUGAAUUUAAGCCGAAGUAGCAGUGAUAACAACACUAAUACUUUGGGAAGGAAUGUCAUGAGCACUGCAACUUCUCCUCUUAUGGGUGCCCAAAGUUUUCCUAAUCUGACUACAACUGGUACCACAUCAACAGUGACCAUGUCUACAUCCAGUGUUACUAGCAGCAGCAAUGUAGCUACAGCAACUACAGUUUUAUCUGUUGGUCAGUCACUUAGUAACACUCUAACUACUAGCCUAACAUCAACAUCUAGUGAGAGCGAUACAGGUCAGGAGGCAGAAUAUUCUUUAUAUGAUUUUCUUGAUAGCUGCCGGGCAAGUACUCUAUUAGCAGAGUUAGAGGAUGAUGAGGAUCUGCCUGAGCCAGAUGAGGAAGAUGAUGAAAAUGAAGAUGACAAUCAAGAAGAUCAGGAAUAUGAGGAAGUUAUGGAAGAAGAGGAAUAUGAAACUAAAGGUGGACGCAGAAGAACGUGGGAUGAUGACUAUGUAUUGAAACGUCAGUUUUCUGCUUUGGUUCCUGCUUUUGACCCAAGACCUGGCCGUACUAAUGUCCAACAGACAACUGAUCUAGAAAUCCCUCCACCAGGUACACCCCACUCAGAACUCCUGGAAGAAGUUGAGUGUAUGCCAUCACCUCGUUUAGCUCUUACCUUGAAAGUUACAGGUCUUGGUACAACUCGGGAAGUAGAGUUACCCCUAACAAAUUUCCGAUCUACCAUCUUUUACUAUGUACAGAAAUUACUGCAGCUUUCCUGUAAUGGCAAUGUGAAAUCUGAUAAACUUAGACGUAUUUGGGAGCCAACAUACACAAUCAUGUACAGAGAAAUGAAGGAUUCUGAUAAAGAGAAAGAGAGUGGAAAAAUGGGUUGCUGGUCAAUAGAGCAUGUGGAACAGUACCUUGGCACUGAUGAAUUACCAAAGAAUGACUUGAUAACCUACCUGCAGAAGAAUGCAGACUCAGCUUUCCUGCGCCACUGGAAAUUAACCGGCACUAAUAAAAGUAUUAGGAAAAACAGAAAUUGUUCUCAGCUCAUAGCUGCCUACAAGGAUUUUUGUGAGCAUGGAUCCAAAUCUGGAUUGAGCCAGGGAGCCAUUUCCACUCUUCAGAACUCUGACAUUCUUAGUUUGGCAAGAGAACAACCUCAGGCCAAAGCUGGUAGUGGGCAGAAUUCCUGUGGUGUGGAAGAUGUUCUGCAGUUACUCCGUAUUCUGUAUAUAGUUGCAAGUGACCCUUACUCAGCACGAACUUCUCAAGAAGAAGGAGAUGAGCAGCUUCAGUUUAAUUUUCCACCAGAUGAAUUCACAAGCAAAAAAAUCACUACAAAAAUUCUGCAACAGAUUGAGGAACCAUUGGCACUAGCAAGUGGCGCUUUGCCAGAUUGGUGUGAACAGUUAACUAGCAAGUGUCCAUUCUUAAUACCAUUUGAAACUAGACAGCUGUAUUUCACUUGCACAGCAUUUGGAGCAUCAAGAGCAAUUGUAUGGCUACAGAACAGACGUGAGGCCACUGUUGAACGGACAAGGACCACAAGUACAGUGCGACGGGACGAUCCAGGAGAAUUCAGAGUUGGACGCCUCAAACAUGAAAGAGUGAAAGUUCCACGAGGUGAAUCCCUGAUGGAAUGGGCUGAAAAUAUCAUGCAGAUUCAUGCAGACCGAAAGUCUGUUCUAGAGGUGGAGUUUUUAGGAGAAGAAGGAACAGGCCUGGGACCUACAUUGGAGUUCUAUGCACUGGUGGCAGCAGAAUUUCAGAGGACAGAACUGGGAACUUGGCUUUGUGAUGAUGAUUUUCCAGAUGAUGAAUCACGUCAGGUUGAUAUUGGAGGUGGAUUAAAACCCCCUGGAUACUAUGUACAGAGAUCAUGUGGACUUUUCACAGCACCGUUCCCACAAGAUAGUGAUGAACUUGAAAGAAUAACCAAACUCUUUCAUUUCCUUGGAAUUUUCUUGGCUAAAUGCAUUCAGGAUAACAGACUGGUGGAUUUGCCCAUUUCUAAACCUUUCUUUAAACUCAUGUGUAUGGGUGACAUUAAAAGUAACAUGAGUAAAUUGAUCUAUGAGUCACGGGGCGAUAGAGACUUGCACUGCACUGAAAGUCAAUCGGAGGCUUCUACAGAAGAGGGACAUGAUUCACUGUCAGUAGGAAGUUUUGAAGAAGACUCCAAGUCCGAAUUUAUCCUUGAUCCACCGAAACCUAAACCUCCUGCUUGGUUUAAUGGAAUUUUAACAUGGGAGGACUUUGAAUUAGUAAACCCACAUAGAGCCAGAUUUUUAAAAGAUAUUAAAGACCUUGCAGUUAAAAGACGUCAAAUUUUAAGUAACAAAGGUCUUUCAGAAGAUGAAAAGAACACAAAACUACAGGAAUUAAUGCUGAAGAACCCAUCAGGUUCCGGGCCUCCGCUUAGCAUAGAGGAUUUAGGUCUGAAUUUCCAGUUCUGCCCAUCAUCCAGAGUAUAUGGGUUUACAGCUGUGGAUCUCAAGCCAAAUGGUGAAGAUGAGAUGGUAACUAUGGAUAAUGCAGAGGAGUAUGUGGAGCUAAUGUUUGACUUCUGCAUGCAGACGGGCAUACAGAAACAGAUGGAUGCAUUUAGAGAUGGUUUCAAUCGAGUCUUCCCAAUGGAGAAGCUGAGUUCCUUCAGCCAUGAGGAAGUUCAGAUGAUUCUUUGUGGAAAUCAGUCACCAUCUUGGGCAGCUGAGGAUAUCAUCAACUACACAGAACCUAAACUUGGCUACACACGAGAUAGUCCUGGAUUCCUUCGAUUUGUGAGAGUUUUGUGUGGUAUGUCUUCGGAUGAAAGAAAAGCAUUUCUCCAGUUCACUACUGGCUGUUCAACACUCCCACCAGGAGGACUGGCUAACCUACAUCCCCGGCUCACUGUUGUGCGCAAGGUUGAUGCUACAGAUGCAAGUUAUCCAUCUGUGAAUACCUGUGUGCAUUACCUUAAAUUGCCUGAGUAUUCCUCUGAGGAGAUUAUGAGGGAGCGCCUGCUAGCUGCUACUAUGGAAAAAGGCUUUCAUCUCAAUUGAAUUGCUCUGUGCAACAUGGGACAUGAGAAACUGUUUGAUAUUAGUGAAGCCUCUUGUGUUUGUGUGCAGAAAAUAUGAUCUCCACGCUGUGCUCUGAUAAGACUUACCUUUUUUCCACCUGUGAGGCUUUAGGAACACGUGGAAAAAGUUUGUUAGCUGCUAAUGACAAAACAAAUCCGUGUAACUACACAGCCAGCAAGUAAAUGGCACAGAACACUGUGUGAUGCUUCAAGGGCUUGCACGACUGGAAAUUAAGGUGGUUCUCUUUGACUGUUCCAAAGAGCAGAUCUGCAGAUUUUCAGUGUUCACUGAUAUAAAUUUCUAAGUGUAUUUGUGUAAAGUUUGUCAUUUAAUACCUUGUACACUACAGUUGCCAUCACUGAUCCCUGUUUUGCUGGCUUUAAACUAACUGGUCAAAAACUUGCUUCCUUAAAUCUUAGAGUUAAUGGGCAUCACAAGCUUUUUUUUUCUUUUUUUUUUAAUGGUGCCUGCACUAUUGGCGUAUUCUAGUGUUGUUUUUUCUUGGGGGGAGGGGGGGGUGUUUGUUUUUUGUUUUUGCAUAUAAUCAUGCACAACGUUUUUUUUUUUUUUCCUUUCAACUGGGUAUAUAUUUUGAUUUCUUAAAUGCCCUGCUAUAAAGAUCAAAUCCUUAAGUGUGUUUGUGCAGCUCAACAAUAAAGCUAUUAAAAAACAAAACAAAACACUGGUUCCUGGUGCAAGGCACACUUAAAGCAAGUUUUACUUUUGGUUGUACUUUCCUUGUAUAUUAUAAACAUUUAUUUAACUUGUUGCAGUUUGAAAUUUAAAAAAAUUUCCAAUGUGUAUGCUCAACAAUAAUCAUUAAAAUGUUUGCAGCGUA